CUUUAUGUAAAAAGCACGAAAUGAUGCAAAGGAAAGGUUGGUUUUGUUAAGCCAAACCUUGAAAUCCAAGGUUCCCUAAAUCGUUGGGGGUUUCCAAAAUACAGUUUCACCUACUGCUCAAAAACGACAUUGCAGCAAAGCAGCAAAGAAGCUAGCAUUACUACUACUAGAAGCAAUAUCUCUCCUAGCAAACCUUAUCAAACUAUCACCCCUAUAUAUACGUUUGCGUUGGCUAGUCAAGACUGACAGCCCGACUGCAACAAUCAGGCAAACGACAUUAGAGCUGAAAACACAGCAAACAAGUCAAAAUUUAGAGGUGGAAAAGGAUCCAUCAGAGAGACGACAAAUCAUUAAUCCAAAAUCAUGGGUUACUACUCUUCUUGUUCUUCUUAUUAUUCCUGGGUUCAUAUUUUGAUCUUGGCUACAUUCUUCGUCGCGCCGGACGUUGUUCAAUGCAGAGUUCGGCAUUACAAGUUCGAUGUGGUGACGAAGAACACAAGCCGGUUGUGUUCAAGCAAGCCCAUUGUGACGGUCAACGGGAAGUUUCCAGGACCGACCGUAUAUGCCAGGGAAGACGACACAGUCCUCAUCAGGGUCGUCAACAAGGUUAAAUACAACGUUUCCAUUCACUGGCAUGGAAUCAGGCAACUUAGGACAGGUUGGUCAGACGGUCCGGCAUACAUCACACAGUGCCCGAUCCGGCCAGGCCACAGUUUCUUGUACAACUUUACACUCACCGGACAAAGGGGUACACUUUGGUGGCACGCUCACAUUUUGUGGCUCAGAGCCACCGUCCACGGUGCUAUUGUUAUUUUGCCUAAGCUUGGUGUCCCGUAUCCAUUUCCCAAGCCCGACCACGAAGCUGUUCUAAUUUUAGCCGAAUGGUGGAAAUCAGACACAGAAGCCAUCAUCAAUGAAGCGCUAAAAUCAGGCUUGGCCCCUAAUGUAUCUGAUGCUCAUACCAUCAAUGGUCAUCCUGGACCCCUUGCAAACUGCUCCACAGGUGGGUUCCGAUUGGGUGUGGAACCGGGGAAAACUUACAUGUUGAGACUAGUCAAUGCUGCACUCAAUGAAGAACUCUUCUUCAGGAUCGCCGGGCACACUUUGACCGUGGUUGAAGUCGACGCCACCUACGUUAAACCCUUCAAAACCGACACCGUCCUGAUUGCUCCGGGUCAAACCACUAACGUCAUCGUUUCGGCCGAUCAAUCUGCCGGAAGAUACAUGCUCACCGCCUCCACCUUCAUGGACUCCCCCAUCGCGGUGGACAACAACACCGCCACCGCCACGCUCCACUACUCCGGCACCCUCUCCAGCACGCCGACCGUCUUAACCGCCACGCCGCCAUUAAACGCAACCCCGGUUGCCAACAAGUUUACAAACUCACUCCGGGCCCUGAAUUCAGCCAAGUAUCCGGCGAACGUCCCGUUGAAGGUGGAUCACUCCCUUCUGUUCACAGUCGGGCUUGGUAUCAACCCGUGCCCGAGCUGUAAACCGGCCAACGGAAGCCGGGUUGUGGCCAGUAUCAACAAUGUCACAUUCGUGAUGCCCAAGAUAGCACUUCUCCAGGCUCACGUUUUCAACAUUCCGGGAGUGUUCACCACCGAUUUCCCCGGAAACCCUCCCGCCCCGUUUAAUUAUACGGGUCCGCCUCCGUCGAACCUGGCCACCAGCAGUGGAACUAAGCUUUACAGGCUAGCUUACAACUCAACGGUACAACUGGUGUUGCAAGAUACGGGUAUUAUCGCUCCGGAAAACCACCCGCUUCAUCUGCACGGGUUCAAUUUCUUCGCAGUGGGUCGAGGGCUUGGAAACUACAAUCCCAAUGUGGAUCCAAAGAAUUUCAAUCUGGUUGAUCCCGUCGAGAGGAACACCAUCGGAGUUCCCUCCGGCGGGUGGGUUGCUAUUCGAUUCCGGGCUGAUAAUCCAGGUACUUAAUUAAUCAGCCUUUUUUUGGGGUCACUUCAGCAUAUUUAUUUCAUUAGUCCCUACGUCCCAAAAUAAUUGUUUUGUACUAAAAGUGAAAUCUCAAACUGAACAAUUAUUUUGGGACUAGGGAAUAUUAUUAUUUAGUGCAAUAACAUUUAUUAACCGUUUUCUGAUUUCAUCUACACCACAGGGGUUUGGUUUAUGCAUUGUCACUUGGAAGUUCAUACAACAUGGGGGUUGAAAAUGGCAUUUCUGGUUGACAAUGGCAGCGGACCAAACGAGUCUAUUCUUCCACCUCCAAGUGAUCUUCCAAAAUGCUGAGUUUGUUGUUGGUUUGGUGGGCGGAAAGAGAGGAAUUAUUAAAGUAUAUCAGCCUAUAUGAUACAUAUAGGAGCUUUUACAUAUUCCCAGAAGUAAAAGUUGGGAAACCGAAUCAAUGAGGAGCCCGGAAAAACUUUGGGAGGAGGUGGACGAAGAAUGAGCCAAUAAAAAAAAAAGGAAUGAUUUCAAACUUUUUUUUUUUCAUAAGAUUGUAAUUGUAUGCUGUUUAGGGUGCAUUUGUUCAUUGAGUGAUGAUGGCCAAAUUUUGGUUCAGAUUAGAUGUGGAUAAUUAUUAUUAUUUCAAACUGUACCUGUACCCUCGAAAUUCUUUGAAAUAUCAAAAGAAAUAUUGAUUUUACAUCGAAUUUAUUCCCCCCUAAUUCCUCUUGUCUCUUGAUACAUAGGGAGAAGGAGAUGCAACGAGUGUCGAUCCUGAAAUUUUUCACAAGGGUUUGUAGACC